CCGUUCAUACUUGACAUGAAUGACUUUUGCCCCAGCUACAAAGUUGCCAUGUACUGACUUUAUCUAUAGAAUCGAAUACCGUUCUUCCAAAUCUCCAAGCAUUUUGACGUCUUUUGGGGGCAUUGUACUAAUGGGUUUCUCUCAAAGUCCUUAAAUUUGGGAGCUUUUUCAAGCAUUUUGAGGCCUUUUGGGGGCAUUGAACACCGUUCUUCCAAAUCUCCAAGCAUUUUGAGGUCUUUUGGGGGCAUUGGACUAAUGGGUUUCUCUCAAAAUCUUUAAAUUUGGCAGCUUUUUCAAGCUUAAUAGCCAAAUUUCUGCCUUUCCAACCAACAAAAUUGAAGGUUUUGUAUGUAGUCUUUGUUUUGCUUCAUCAUAUCUUUCUAUCUCUUCCUAGCAUCUGGAUCUGCACUGUGGAAUUAAGUGUGUUUAAUUCUUUUGAGGGCCAUGAAGUGUUUUAUAUUCCUCAAUUGGUAUAAAAAAGACGAACCAAAGACCCCCAAAUCAGUUUCAACUCGGCCUAUAAAUUCAACAUUCACUGAUCGUGAAAUAGGUCGGUCUGGGUCUGAAUUAAACUCUCCGAAUGUCUCAGGCAGGAACACUGGGACCCUGGGGAAGUCCUCUCUUCCUAGCAUGUCUCAAAGACCUACCAAUCUAAGAGCGUUCACAGUUGCUGAGCUUAAGUCUGCCACCAAGAAUUUUAGCCGCUCUGUCAUGCUUGGAGAGGGUGGAUUUGGUUGUGUUUACCUGGGGAUUAUCAAGAGUCCUGAUGAUUCAUCUCAAAAGAUUGAAGUAGGAGUGAAACAGCUUGGUAAAAGGGGGAUGCAGGGGCACAAGGAGUGGGUGACAGAAGUAAAUGUUCUUGGUGUGGUUGAGCAUCCAAAUCUUGUAAAGCUAGUGGGAUACUGUGCUGAAGAUGAUGAAAGAGGAAUCCAGAGGCUUUUGGUAUAUGAGUAUAUGCCCAAUAGAAGUGUGGAAAACCAUUUAUCUGUCAGGUCAGAGACAAUUCUUUCCUGGACAAUGAGAUUGAAAAUAGCCCAAGAUGCUGCUCGUGGGUUAGCAUACCUACAUGAAGGAAUGGAUUUCCAGAUAAUCUUCAGAGAUUUUAAGUCUUCCAAUAUCCUUCUGGAUGAGCAAUGGAAUGCAAAGCUAUCAGACUUUGGAUUAGCCAGGUUGGGCCCUUCGGAAGGAUUAACUCAUAUCUCAACAGCGGCUGUUGGAACAAUGGGAUAUGCAGCUCCUGAAUAUAUCCAGACCGGACGUCUGACAUCCAAGAUUGAUGUGUGGAGCUAUGGUGUCUUCCUCUAUGAACUCAUUACCGGUAGGAGCCCUUUAGACAAAAAACGUCCCAAGAAUGAGCAAAAUCUUUUGGCAUGGAUAAAACCAUACCUAUCUGAUAAGAAGAAAUUCCAGUUGAUAUUGGACCCCAGACUGAAAGGUAAAUGCCAGCUCAAAUCUGCUCAGAAACUUGCCAUGGUGGCCAAACGAUGCGUAGUCAGAAAUCCAAAGUCACGCCCUAAGAUGAGUGAGGUGUUAGAAAUGUUGAACCAGAUUGUGGAGGCAUCAGCAGGAUCUGGAAGUCCUGAACCACCAUUGAAAACUUUGCCAUCUGUGGAAAACUCCAGGGAAACCAAAAGCAAACAUAAAGGAAGGAUUAUAGAUUUAAGAAAGCGGUGAAAAGCUUGUUCGGACGUGGACUCCAUAGCUGGUAACAUGAUAACAGCAGCUAACUUCCAGGUCUAAGUGAACCACAGCUGCGGCUUUUUCAGUUGGAUAGAUAUAACUUGAACAAUGCAAUCAAACUUCCUAUACAAUUAUACAUGAGGAUAAUUGUCCCGAAAUUCUUUCCUUUGUUUAUACGUAAGGAUAAUUGUCCUGACUUUUUAUCU